AUGUUCAACGAAGCUGCAAUUUGGCCAAUUCCACCGGUGGAUUACCGUAGUCGAGUUCUCAAAUCUGUCUUGUCUAGAAUUGAGGAUGCAUUCACAGAUCCUGAGGAGGAUGAGAUCUUAGACGAUCUCAUGAAUACCUGGAGUGAUCUAAUAACGCGUCCAAGACGGUCACCGCUCGAAGAAGCCCAAGAACUGUCUUACAUCAAGUACUCACCGCCGGGCAGACUGGACAGCACCCCCUCUCAAUCUGUCAUUACUUCCGAAAACCGUGGGCUUAUCCUAUCCUCAGGCACUACGGGGUUCCGCACUUGGGAGGCUGCCUUGCAUCUGGGGACAUAUCUCUCCACCUUAACCGGCAGGGCUAGGAUCGCGGGAAAGAACGUCGUGGAACUAGGCGCAGGCACCGGGUUUCUCUCGAUGUACUGCUUGAAAUAUCUAGAUGCCAAUCAUGUUGUGGCUACAGACCGGGAACUAGCAUUACUUUCUAACAUUCAGGAUUGCGUGUCACGAAACAACCUCGACCGUCUGAAAUUCCGUACGUGUAUCUGGGAGUGGGGUAGACCAUUCGAGCCUACAGGUCGUGUAGACGCAGAUUGUCCAACUUCUUUCGACGUCGCACUGGGCUCCGAUUUGAUAUAUGACACUGAUCUCGUACCUGUACUUCUGUCAACAUUGCAUGACCUAUUUGACAAUUACGGUCUCAAGGAGUUUAUAAUAUCAGCGACACUCCGCAACCCGAAGACCUUCACAACGUUCCUCAAAUCCUGUGGUGCGAACCCCCGUCAAAUACUUCCAAUGUCUGCGGUUGUGGUACAUACAUCAAGAUCACUAAUCUCAAUGUCGCUAGAAGAAAGUUACUUCCAUACGCAGCCAAUCGACUUUAGUGCUCCGCCUUUAGAGUCACAGGAUGGCUUCUUCCAUAACACCAACGUCCCCAUCAGGACGUACAGGAUAACAACUCGCGAAACCCAAAGUUGA